ACUCGAGUUUUUGCUUUACACGAAAACUUAAUUUUGUACUGUUUUGAGCUCUGUGACUUUUGCUCAAGAAUUUUGAAAAAGAUGGGUGUUCUGGAUGAGUUCAUAGGAAAAGCUUUUUAUUACACUGUGGACGGACCAGUUACAUUCAUUAGAGAUUUUGUAGAGAAGCAGCAGAAUCGGCAUCCUUCUUACUAUUACCACAGGCAGUUCCGUCGUGUUGCACCAGUAGAAGAUUGCAAUGUGGAUGACUAUGUGUGCUUGUUUGAGGCUGAGAUGCAGUAUAAGAGAGAUAGGUUGGUAGAACAAGAGAUAAUCAUUAUUCUUCAGGAACGUCUUGGAGAAUGCUCAACGAGAGAAGGUCCAAAUGCCAAGUUUGCUUGCAAGCCUCUCUUAGAAGAGUAUGAGAUUGCUGCUGAUAACUUUGAAACAAAAUAUGGAGAUCUUGGUGCUGGAAGUAGCGCUAUUCGAUGCAUGAUGAAACAGAAGAACCGCUUAUUGAAUGAGAGAAGAAGAAGCAAAGAAACUGCACAAUAAAUUAAGUGAUCUAGUUUGAGAAUCUUUAACAGUUUUUAUUUUAUUGACUAUAAAGCUUUGGAAAAUCUACAUUGGAAGAAAUGGUUUGGUUCGUAUAACCUGAGGUUUGAACUUGCAGCUGUGUAACUUCAUGGAAGUAACAGAGGCAAUAACCCAUGCUAGUCCCAAUGACAAGAAAUGAUCGGUGCACAAAGGAUUCUUGGUGAACAAUUUUAGCAACCAAAUGACGUGCUGGUUUUGUAGCAGUGUAGUGCCCCUAGAAAUUGUACAGCACAACAUUUUUGCCCUUAGACAAUGUAAAUCUGGCUUACUCUACUGUUAUCACCAAGUUUCUUCCUGUUGCGUGUAAUUGUUUUUAAACUAAAUGACUGGAAAACCAUAUGGUUAUUUAAAAUUUGUGUUGAGAAGGGGAGUUUGUUUGCUAAUUGGGGAAGUUUACACUGUCAUUGGUUAGAAACAUGCUUAUGAACAGAGUACAUGUUGAUAUUGCUUAUAAAAAGGUUUCCCAUUUUAGUAAGCUUACCUUGCAAGAUGAUUCUCAUCCAAAACGUAACGAUCCAUAGAGAGUACAGGGAAACUGAUAGACAGAAAAUUAUAUAUCAUAAAACAGUACCAUUCAUAUGUUUGUUGAGUGUGCAAAUUACAAUGAGGUCUCUUUCCAUUUAUUGUGAUCCUCUUUGGCCAAAUAAAGCAGACCUGCUCAACACAGAAAAUUAAGCCAUUUAAUUAUUGGAGACUAAUAAUUAAACAAUGCACAUUCUGUACGAUUCACAAAUUGGGCUCAGCCAGGAAUUUUGUGUUUUAGCUGCUCCAUGAAAGUUUUCUCUGAAUAUUCAUCUCAACUAUUCUUUGAAUUUCCUGAUCCCUCUGAUAGGCCUAUCCAUUGGAUGUUGUCAUCCAGUACAGGUGUGUGGAGUGGUUUUACCUGAUGUGAUGAUGUAGUUGUUAAAGCAAUGGUAAACAAACCCAUGUAAUGAAUUGAUUUCUUAAACGUUAAGCAGCGACUGAAA